AUGGCGAGUCUUACAAAACUCACUCUCUGUCUUGUCUUAUUCUUCCUCCUACUCACCUCCCCACUAACGCUUUCUUCAACUCUUCACAUCCGAUCUUCCAAAAAUGCCCCUCGCUUUCUCGCCGACUUCUCCCGCACAAUCAACAAUAGUCGACCGUUUAAAGCUUCUGAAUACCGGUACGAGACCCGAUAUUUUGACCAGAUUCUGGACCACUUUAGCUUUUCGGAUCUUCCUACGUUCCGGCAACGGUACCUUAUCAACACCGAGCACUGGGUGGGCUCUGGUCGAUUGGGCCCCAUUUUCUUAUAUUGCGGCAACGAAGGCGACAUAGAAUGGUUCGCUGUCAACACCGGCUUCGUCUGGGAAAUAGCGCCUCGCUUCGGCGCAAUGAUCAUCUUCCCUGAACAUAGGUACUAUGGGGAGUCAAUGCCAUAUGGAAGUAGGGAGGAGGCUUAUAAGAAUGUCACUACUUUAGCUCAUUUAACUGCUGAGCAGGCUCUUGCUGAUUAUGCAGUAUUGAUCACUGAGUUGAAGAGGAAUUUGUCUGCUCAGGCUUGCCCUGUUGUGUUGUUUGGUGGAUCAUAUGGUGGGAUGUUGGCAGCAUGGAUGAGACUGAAAUAUCCCCACAUUGCCAUUGGGGCAUUAGCUUCUUCGGCACCAGUUCUUCAGUUUGAGGAUAUCGUGCCACCUGAGAUAUUUUAUGACAUUGUCUCCAAUGAUUUUAGGAGAGAAAGCGUUGACUGCUUCAACACGAUAAAGGAAUCUUGGAAUGUGAUAACAUCAGAAGGAGAGAAAAAUGAUGGACUUUCACACCUGACCCGCAAUUUUCGCCUUUGCAAGAAACUGGAAACUGCUGAUGAUCUUUCUAACUGGUUGUCGUCAGCUUAUAGUUAUUUGGCAAUGGGAAACUAUCCAUAUCCUUCCGACUUUCUAAUGCCAAUGCCUGGAAACCCAAUAAAGGAGGUAUGUAGAAGGAUCGACAGUUGUCCAGAUGGGACUGGUAUCUUACAACGCAUAUUUGAAGGAGUUAGUGUUUAUUACAAUUACACUGGAACAGUUAGCUGCUUUGAUCUGGAUGAUGACCCUCAUGGUAUGACGAGUGGUUGGGAUUGGCAGGCAUGCUCUGAGAUGAUUAUGCCAUUUGCAAGUAGCAAGAAUACUAGCAUGUUUCCUGCAUAUGAUUAUAAUUACACUUACGAGGAAGAGUUGUGCCUUGAGAAUUUCCAUGUUAAACCAAGGCCAACCUGGAUAACUACUGAAUUUGGUGGACAUGGAUUUAAGGAAGUCUUGAAGACCUUUGGGAGUAAUAUUAUAUUCUCUAAUGGUUUAUUGGAUCCUUGGAGUGGCGGCAGUGUUCUGGAGGAUAUAUCAGACACGAUUGUAGCUCUUGUUACAGAAAAAGGUGCCCAUCACUUGGAUUUCCGUCCGGCAACUGCUCAGGACCCUGAUUGGCUGGUCAAGCAAAGGGCAGCUGAAGUCGAGUUGAUCAAGGGCUGGCUAGAGGAGUACUAUAAGAAACGGGAGGCAACUUUUGACAUAAAACUCUCUGACUUUUCCUCUGGCAUGAGAAUCAGAGACGGGACAUGUGGCAACGAGAGUGCGUCGGUCGGAGGAGAAAAUCCAGUGAUUGCUCAAACAUCAGUCACCAGUUGUAGUGUGGUGGAGGUGUUGGUAUGCGGUGCACUGCAGUGUGGUGUAGUGAGUGGCCUGGUGCUGUGCUAUGCGUGGUGGUGGUGGUAUGGUGCGGUGGAUGUGGAUGUGCAGUGGUGCUGA